CACACACACACACUCACUCUGACUAUGCCGUCUGCCUCAGCUGUUCUCAGUUGCACUGUGUGCCUUGUGCUGUGGGGACAGGGCAGAGCUGCGCUGAGUGGGGCUGAACUAGUCCAGAGCAGUGUUAAGUAGAGAGAGAGGUAGCUAGUAAAACAGAGUGAAAGAGGGAGAGAGGGAGUCAGUGCAGAUUGUGCUUACCAAGCAGACUGGAUUAACAGCUGAAACAAACUGGACCUGUUUUUCUCUCUUUAGCUAAAGGUAGAGACUCAGCGACAACGUGGAUGGCUGUUUAGACAGAGCUGCAUGCUGGUUAGGUACCGGGACAGAAAACUAUGGCAGUCGUACCCAGAUCCUCUCGCUCUUCCUCGCAUUUAGUAUAGUGAAGAUCUUCUCGUUGUGCAUAGUUUGGUUAAGUUUACCUCGGGACUUGCUGGUGUGAGAGACUCACUUGCAGUGACAUUGACCCGUAACCCCCCGACUCUGCUUUGCAGGUUCUGUCUCCCCUGGAGUUGGACUCUAAUUUUGGCUUUUGACCCCUGGAACAGGAAAGGGUUUUUGAUUUGGCAGGGGACGAGACCUGCUGAGAGCCAGUCUGGACUGAAGCGACAGCAUUUAUUCAUAAUCCGUGGACAACAGGAACAUUUCUUCUACUACACCAGAUCUGAGACUGAGACCGCGCUGGAGGCGUGUAUUUAAAGGACCUCUCUGGCCUCUAUUGCCCCAGGACCAUGGGCUCUCUCUGGGGCAGCAUUAUGCUGCUGUGUGGGGUGGUUCUGCUCAGGACGGAGGGCAGCGGAGCCCAACAGACCAAGAACAACGUCCCCCGGCUAAAACUCUCCUAUAAAGACAUGCUGGAGUCGAACAACCUUGUGACGUUUGAAGGCCUGGCCAACAGCUCGGCUUACCACACCUUCCUGUUGGACGAGGAGAAAGGAAGACUAGUGGUGGGAGCCAAGGACCACAUCUUCUCCUUUAACCUCCUCAACAUCAGCAGAGACUACGCACAGAUCCCCUGGCCGGCUUCUCCCACCAGAAGAGACGAAUGCAAGUGGGCAGGAAAAGAUCUCUCGAGGGAGUGCUCAAACUUCAUCAAGGUGUUGCAGCCGUUCAACCAGACCCAUCUCUAUGUGUGUGGGACAGGAGCCUUCCACCCUGUGUGUUCCUACCUGGAGGUGGGCAAGAAACCAGAGGACAGCGUAUUCAGGCUGGAGCCUCUCAUAGAAAAUGGUCGUGGGAAGAGUCCCUAUGAUCCCAAGUUACUCACAGCCUCCAUGCUAAUUGAUGGAGAGCUGUAUGCUGGGACAUCAGCUGACUUCAUGGGGCGGGACUUUGCCAUAUUUCGCACUCUUGGAAAGCAUCACCCAAUCAGGACGGAGCAACACGACUCCCGAUGGCUAAAUGAUCCCAGGUUUGUGGGCGUUCAUCUGAUUCCAGAAAGCGACAACCCAGAAGACGACAAAAUCUACCUGCUCUUCAAAGAAAACGCUAUCGAUGGAGAGCACGCUGGGAAAGCCACACAUGCUCGCAUUGGACAGCUCUGCAAAAAUGACCUGGGAGGUCACAGGAGUCUGGUGAAUAAGUGGACCACCUUCUUGAAGGCUCGACUCAUUUGCUCUGUGCCCGGCAGUAAUGGAAUAGACACACACUUUGAUGAACUACAGGAUGUUUUUCUCAUGAGCACAAAGGAUCCUAAGAGCCCGAUCAUCUAUGCAGUAUUUACCACUUCCAGCAACAUCUUCAAAGGCUCAGCUGUGUGUAUGUACAGCAUGACAGACAUCAGGAGAGUGUUCCUGGGUCCUUACGCUCAUAGAGACGGACCGAACUAUCAGUGGGUGCCCUUCCAGGGACGUGUUCCAUACCCACGGCCCGGCACAUGCCCGAGCAAGACGUUUGGAGGAUUCGAUACAACUAAGGACCUUCCUGAUGAAGUCGUAACUUUUGCUAGAAGCCACCCGGCCAUGUUCAACCCCGUAUACCCCAUUAACAAUCGACCAAUCAUAGUCAAAACAGAUGUGGACUACCAGUUCACCCAGAUAGUGGUGGAUAAAGUAGAAGCAGAAGAUGGCCAGUAUGACGUCAUGUUCAUAGGAACAGACAUGGGGACGAUACUGAAAGUGGUAUCCAUCCCCAGAGGCUCCUGGCAUGACCUGGAGGAAGUCCUACUGGAAGAAAUGACUGUCUUCAGAGAGCCAACAGCCAUAACAGCGAUGGAACUUUCGACAAAACAGCAACAACUGUACCUCGGUUCAGACAUUGGUGUGUCCCAGAUGCCUUUGCAUAGGUGUGAGGUCUAUGGGAAGGCCUGCGCUGAAUGCUGCCUCGCAAGGGACCCUUACUGUGCAUGGGAUGGCGCCGAGUGCUCCAGAUACUUUCCCAUGGCUAAGAGGAGAACAAGGAGGCAAGACAUCAGGAACGGAGACCCACUCACACAGUGCUCAGAUCUGCAACACCACGAUGAACUAAGUGGGCAGACAACUCUCCUGGACAAAACUGUGUAUGGUGUGGAGAACAGCAGCACUUUCCUUGAGUGCAGUCCCAAGUCCCAGAGAGCCCUGACGUAUUGGCAGUAUCAGCGCUCGACUGAUGACCGCAAACAAGAGAUCAAAUCAGAGGAACGUUUCAUCCGCACAGACCAGGGCCUGCUGAUUCGCACACUUAGCAAGAAGGAUUCUGGGAUCUACCUGUGCCAGGCGGUGGAGCACGGCUUCAUGCAGACACUUCUGAAGGUGACAUUGGAGGUCAUUGACACCGAGCGCCUGGAGGAUCUGCUACACCGGGAUGAAGAGGCCACAGCCAGCGUCCCUGCCCCGGAUCUUACCCCACCUCAAGAAACUCCCAAUCAAAAGUUGUGGUACAGAGACUUCCUGUCUUUGGUCAACCACCCGACUCUGAACAGUGUGGACGAGUUCUGCGAGCAGGUAUGGAAAAGGGAGAGAAAGCACAGGAAGCAGAAAGCUCACCUGGUGCAGCAAGUACAAAUACACCAGCACCAACAGCAGCAGAAGGUUGCGAACCCUCGCAGCCACAUGCACGCUCAAGGACUGGCAGCCAAGUGGAAACACCUGCAAGAGAGGCAGAAGGGACGCAACCGCAGGACCCAUGAACUGGAGAGGGCUCCCCGCAGUGUCUGACCCAUAACCCUUUGACUUUUAACACCCAAACCUGAAACCACACCCUCAUUCUGUAACCUCGAUUAACAUACCCACGUUUCUCCUUCAUACUGAGAUACAGACAUCUUCCACAAAGACUGGGUAGAAAAGUUAAACUGGAAAAAAAGCUAACACUAUCCUGAUCUGCUGGCUGGUGUGUCCUGUGCGUGGGCAGCCAUGUUUACAGUACGACAGCACAGAGGACCGCGGGGAACGGGAUGUUGUAUCACGCCAGACCAUUUGAGCAUAUUAUCUCAGCUGGCCUCUGUGGCCUGGACACUGCAGAGGGACAAUGUCAAACCAGCACAAGAACUGGAUACAUAUACCCACCCUACAGACAUGACUGACUCCACGUUGAGAUGUCAAUGGCAUUGUCUCAUGGCAUGCUAGUUAGGUGUCUUUAUCAGUGUGAAACUAAGUAGAUACCUAAAAAAAAUACCAGAUAAUUUCUUUUUUUACUUCACAAAUAUGAAAGAAGAGGAGGUGGGGUUGUAUUAAAAACAGUAAAUGGACUUACAGUGGAAUUACAAGCACAAAAUAAGUGAAGCUCAUGAAAAGCACAAAUGGGAUAUUUGGUAAUUUUUGGUAUUAUAGAUGGUAAAUCAGUCAACACAAGAAAGAAAAAUGCCCAAACACUGCAAGAAACUGCAAGCAACGGUCACCAUUUGUCAACAAAUACAACUAUGUAGCUAAGAUGUGUAAAUACUGUAUUCUAUGACGUCUCCUUAUACUAAAGGGAAUGGCUUGCAGUCGUCUUGUUGCUUUAUGUUGUUUCCCCCAGAUAGAAAUUUAUUUAAGAAAAAGUCUUUGGAAAGCCGUUGUAAACAGGGAGAUUUUGUACUAGCCUGUGUGUCUACGCCCUAGAUAAGCUUCCCAAACAAAGUCAGGUUUUAUUAUUCUGUUUUGUUCAUCUACUUUUUUGAAUCAUCAGAUUCCUUCCAAUGUCAACAGUCGUAAAGUUGACUGUCACUCCAUAGGGACGUCUGCCAACUGCAUCAUCUCAGUGCAUGAAAUGUCAUACUGAGUUCUUCCAUGUUCAUUUGAUUUGUAUUCACUUUGUUUCCUCUAUAUGUGUAUUUAUUGAUAUACAAUCAUGUACAUUGUGAAAAUAUUUUUCAAUGUGCAGGGUUUUUUUUUUCUGCUUGGUUUGAUUAAUCUGAUUUACAGGACCAAUCUUUUGAAAGAAUACUUCACCCACAAAAUUACCAUUUGUAUAAGUAUUAGUCAUGAAGCAAAGAAAACUUAAUUUUUCUUGCAUGCCUCCACUGAAAAAGUCCAACAUAUUGAUGUAUUGAUUGACUGGAGACCACAUUUAACAGCAAAACUAUAUCAAAACACCCGUUUACACUCUUGUACAACUCAGGCUGUUAAAAUCCAAGCCUCAUUUAUUCAGUUGUACGCUCAAUACUUCACAAACACAUGUAUUUUCACUAAAAUAAACCUUAGUAUUGGAGUCUGGCUUUGAGAGAGCAUACAUACGUUUUACUUUAGCUUCAGUUUUAAAUAGUAAGGUUCUAGCAAAGUGCGUGUUUGUGUUUGGGAAAUACUGAGCAUAUGACCGGAUAAAUGAGACUUGAUUUAUACUGCGCGAGUUGUGCAGGAGCUUGUAAACAGAUGUUUUGAUAUAGUUUUGCUGCUAAACAUGGUGCCCAAUCCAUCAAUAAAGCUAUAGGUUUACCUUUUCCCAUGGAGGAAUGCAAGAAAAACAACAUCUUCUUCACAAAUUUAAGGUAGCACAGCAUGACCAAUGGCAUUAGAUACUGAUGCACAAAGGCAUUUUUUGAUGCUCUGGGCAACUACCAUAGUAUAAAGAGCAAGUAAGUCCAUAUAAGACACACAGGAGUGGAGGUGGAUUGGUCAAACAAACUCUGGACUUUUGCCUGGGAGGCCGCUGUUCAUGUCUUGUGUGAAAUCAAAAAUCGGUUUAAUUAUUAUAAUAACAACAUAGUGUGCUAGCAUGUGUAGCAUACUAUGCUAGCGACAUGACAUUACAUUAGUAACAGACAUACUUAUUUUAAGCCAAACCAUGACAUUUUUUCAAAACCUAACCACAUACUUUUGUCGCCCAAACUUAAGGAAGUAAGUCUAAAAACAAAGUUUGUACCUAUGUUCUAAAUUCAUUUUGAAAGACACUGCAUGAGCAGAAACUGUACAUUUGCUCUAACAACAGAAGCUGGAACGGAGCGUAAAUUGGCAUGCUGUCCCUGACUGUUCAAAGCUGACGCAGGAGGGGUACCUAGCACAUCAUAUGUUGAUGUAUACAGCCACUUAGAAAGCAUUGAUAUCUGAUCAGUUAGGUGUGAUUAUGUGUUGAUAUAUUUGCUUCCAAAACACAUGCAUUGACUAAAAAUUUGGAGUAUUGGAGUCUGGCUUUGAAGAGAGCAUACAUCACGUUCAGUUCACUUUUAAAUAAUAAGGGUCGAGCAAAAGUAUAUGUGUGAAGUACUGAGCAUACGACUAUGUUGUGCGGUAGUUUGUAAACUGAUGUUUUGAUAUAGUUUUACGUGGUGCCCAGUCAGUCAAUAAAUGUAUAUGUUUGCCUUUUUCCAUGGAGGCAUGUGAGAAAUUAGCACUGCAUUACCAAUGAAUAUACAAAUGGUCAUUUUGUGGGUGAAGUAUUCCUUUGAAAUAACUGUAUUAUCACAAAUACUGUAGUAAGACUGGAAGUUAUUUAUCAAUAUCAGUCAAUAUCACAUGCAUUACCUACAUAUCAAAUGCACUGAGCAAUAACCCAGUAUCCAUACUGUAUUUUUCUUUCACAUUUAUUGCCUCAUAUUCAUAUUCUUCACAGGCAGCGCAGUGUAACAACUUCAUCUCACUGCAUGUUACAUAAAAACGAAUUUUGUCUGAUUAUAACAAUCCUUUAUUAUACAAUGCACCAACACAAACCUGGAAUGUAGCUGUGAACAUUAUGUAAAUAUAAAUACUAUGGUCUAUGUUUGACAAGUAUGACACUGUGUACUAGUGCAUGUGAAUACUAUUGUAGUGUUCCUGUUUUGCUAUAGCAAUGAUAUACUAGUCUGGUGUUGUCACUGUUAUUCUGUUGUUUGCUUAUGCAGUACACAAUAUUAACUAUUUCAAAGAUGUACAUACUAUUUCUGUUAGGACUCUAAACUGUAUAAUUGAUCAUUCCUGAGGUAGGUAUUCAUAAAAAAUAAUAUAAACAAGAUCUAAACAGGAUCUCGUUGUGGAUUUUAACAUCCACAGACCCGUUAAUGACGGCGAACAACAACAUUGAACAAUGCCAACUGAGCAUUGCAACACAUCAGUAUGUCAGAUGACCUUGUCUAGUGAGUGUUUACAAACCUCAUCUGCUUUUUCGGAAGCCACGAUGGAGGAAGAUGAGAAACAGCUGGAGCCACCCGUGAGAGAGCUAUUUAAGGCUAACAGGACAAGAUCAACACCAGAGCUGUGGAACUUUCAGUAGAGAUGGGCAUAUGAUAACAUCAUCAUGAUAAAGAGAAAAUAUAGGGUGCCUCACUGCGUCUGUCUUGGACAUACAUACAGUGGACGUGAGGAAAUGAAGUGCUGCUGCUGCUGCUGCUGCUUUUUGGCAUGAUGAUGAUGUUGGUGAUGUAUUCUACUGAUCUAAUAAAUGUCUC